AUGGCAACAGAUAAUAUCAAAAUUAAAUUUACAGGUUGUUCGACGUAUCCUAAUAUAACAGACGCAAAUUUUGAUAAAGAUUGCAAUGGAAAUGUAGUCAUUACAUGUAAUGAAGGUUUCAAGAUGGUACAAGGGCUGGAAUGUGUUGAGGAAGAAUGGAGAUAUCAAAACCCAAUAUGUAAACGCACAGUGAUUAUUCCGGAUUGUAAAAAUGGUGGAACGUUGGUGGAAGAAAAUGGAAAAUUUAAAUGUAACUGCCCACUAAACACAUUCGGUGACGAUUGCAAUUGUCGAUUCAAGUUUACAAAUGCAACAUCUUUGUUUCCCGAUCCCUACGCAGAAAGAUUAGUGUCUGAUUCAGCGGAAUGUGAUGAAAACUGUGCUAACGAUAUCAGAUGUUCCACUUCUACCAUGACUUAUCUUAAAAAAUGUAAACUUUACGAAACACCAGUCAUCUUCGUGUCGUAUGACGAAGACCUAUGUAUUGAAAAAUGCAACGAGAUGAGUGAAUGUAAAACGAUUGGCACUGAAAUGCAUAAUUACUUUGCUAUUUUCAGCAAUUUACAGUUUUUGAGUUUAUCACCAUUUGUAUCAUUGUUAGUGAUUAUUCCGGAUUGUAAAAAUGGUAGAAUAUUGACGGCAGAAAAUGGAACAUUAAAAUGUAACUGUCCACCAAACACAUUCGGUGACGAUUGCAAAUGUCGAUACAAGUAUUCAAAUGUAACAGAUUUGGAUCCCUUUGCCUACGAAGGAAUUUCAGUAUCUGAUUCAGCGGAAUGUGAUGAAAACUGUGCUAACGAUACCAGAUGUUCCGCUGCUACCAUAACUGGGGCAUCUCACAUUUUUUCUGGGUUUGAUGGUAAUGUAUAUGUUAUAGCAACUCACAUUUUAAUAGACUAUGAUAAUGUUAUAGUGAGCAACUCACAUUUUAAUAGACUAUGA